AAACACAAUUAAUUGUUUACUUAUUCAGACCAUAACACUCUAGCGAAGUCCACGUUCAGUUGAUAUCUAGAAUGGCAAAUCGUAAUCUUAAACAGGUUAAUAUUCAAAAUAAUGCUCCUUCUCCGAAACCUCAAAACACAAAGCGCAACACCGAUUCUCCGGCCAUGGAACGUGGGCCAAAGAUGGAGGGAGCAACCCCAUCACCAACAGUGACUAGCCCGACUGCAGAAGGCGAUGUCAGUGAGCCCCUAGAGAUGACUUUAGACUUCAAGAGCUUUAGGAGACCAGGAGAGAAAACAUUCACUCAACGAUGCAGACUGUUUGUUGGUAACCUUCCCACAGAUAUAACAGAGGAGGACUUCAGAAAGCUCUUCGCAAAAUAUGGCGAGGCCAACGAAGUGUUCAUCAAUCGAGACAGAGGAUUUGGGUUUAUUCGGUUGGAAACAAGAACAUUGGCAGAGAUUGCUAAGGCCGAGCUAGACGGCACUGUACUGAAGGCAAGGCCGAUCCGAGUCCGUUUCGCCACACAUGGGGCAGCGCUCACAGUGCGAAAUCUCUCACCAGUUGUCUCAAACGAGCUGCUAGAGCAAGCCUUCUCCCAGUUUGGCCCAGUUGAAAGGGCAAUCGUGGUGGUGGACGACCGUGGAAGACCCACAGGAAAGGGCUUUGUGGAAUUUGCUAACAAACCCUCAGCACGAAAGGCGCUGGAUCGCUGUGCAGAUGGAGCUCUACUUCUCACCACAUCACCCCGUCCUGUUAUUGUGGAGCCUACGGAACAAUUUGAUGAUGAGGAUGGCCUUCCGGAAAAGCUGUUACAGAAGACAGCACAAUAUCACAAGGAACGGGAGCAGCCUCCACGAUUUGCGCAACCUGGAACCUUUGAGUUUGAGUAUUCAUCUCGCUGGAAGGCACUGGAUGAAAUGGAGAAGCAGCAGAGGGAGCAGGUGGACCGAAACAUUCGAGAGGCCAAAGAGAAACUGGAGGCAGAGAUGGAGGCAGCCAAACACGAGCACCAGCUAAUGAUGAUGAGACAAGAUCUGCUGCGGCGUCAGGAAGAGCUUCGCCGUCUAGAAGAAUUGAGGAACCAGGAGCUUCAGAAACGCAAGCAGAUUGAGAUGAGGCAUGAAGAGGAGAGGCGGAGGCGUGAAGAGGAGAUGAUGCGGCAUCGCGAACAGGACGACAUGAGACGACAGUCGGAUGGCUUCAAGCCCAGUUUCAUGGAUAGCAGAGAACAGGAUAUGAGAAUGGGUGAAAUGGGUCCCCGUGGAGCUAUUAAUAUGGGAGGUAGGGUCAUUACCAUUUCACCAUUUGCUAAUACUUGCACUGAUUCGUUUAACCCCGCCGCUGCGGCUGGCGGUAACCAGGGCCCUCCUCAAAUGAUGGGUAUGGGCAUGCCAGGUCGAGGUGGAACCAUGGGGCCUGAGGGAGCAUCAAAUAUGGGAACACCAAUGAUUCCAGAUAAUGGAGCUAUGCGCAACGAGAGGUUUCCUCAAGGUGGACCUUCUCAGAUGGGUUCUCCCAUGGGCGGUCGACCUGGGGUGGACUCCCCACAGCAGCAGCAGCAGCCGCCUGUUGUUGGAGGGCCUGGUCCCAUUUCAGGUGUAGGUGGUGGGCCUGUGGCUUUUGGGAGAGGAAAUCCAAAUGUGGGCAACUUUGAUGGGCCUAACAACAAGCGGCGUAGAUAUUGAGAUGUGACGGUUUCUUAUUUGUGUAUGUGAGAGAGUACGUUUGA